GUUGAAGUCCCCCAAAUGUAUUAAAUAGUGCGGUCUUUCUGAUUCGAUACCUUUUUUUUAACCUCAUGUCCUCACCUUUCUCACAAUCUCUUUAUUCUAUUGUCCCUUUCUUCGUAUCUUUCAACUUCGAAUCGCUGCAGACGGCCUAACAGUCCGAUAGUUGCCGCUAAGUACCAUCGCGAUGCAGGCCUAUCAGGACGACCGGCUGGAUAGGGCCGAGCAAAUCGCUGGCUAUGGGUUCAGUGCUCGCAGCCUGCUUCGGGAGGCUUUACAGACCCCAGGACCUGGAGUCCUAACUGCCGGUGAUCGUUCCAUCAUCGACGGCAACAAAACGUUGGCUCUCUUGGGGGACAGAGUUCUCGGGACUCUGCUUGUGGAAGCGAUGGUGAUUGAGAAUCUCGAAGCCAGGGGUGCCAUCGACGCCCAGCUCCAGCGUGCUGUAAAUAAUGUGCGACUCGCGGAAAUUUUUGACACGUUCGAUUUCCUGGAGUGUCUCAACCUAAAUCCAUCACAGGGUCGGGCCAUCGGUGCUCGGACGAAGGCUGACACUAUCGAGGCCAUUAUCGGUGCUGCGUACUUGGAUGGCGGACUCGAUGCUGCGAGACUUGUGGCAACGCGUCUCGGAAUUCUUUGAUACCGGUAAUGUCAAAAACCUCCUAUGCCCUUGAGCUAACGAUCAGUAGCCUGCCCAGACCAAGAGGAAACCUGGAAACCCCGCAUUGGGGCACCGAGGGAUUCCGUAUGGGG